AUGGAUCACUGCCAAAUUCACCAACGGUCUCAGAGCCACGGUCUCAGAGCCACAGUCUCAGCCCCAGAGUCUCAGACCCACAGUCUCAGACCAACGGUCUCAGCCCCACAGUCUCAGACCCACAGUCUCAGCCCCACAGUCUCAGACCCACAGUCUCAGACCCACAGUCUCAGCCCCACAGUCUCAGCCCCACAGUCUCAGCCCCACAGUCUCAGACCCACAGUCUCAGACCAACGGUCUCAGCCCCACAGUCUCAGCCCCACAGUCUCAGACCCACAGUCUCAGACCAACGGUCUCAGCCCCACAGUCUCAGACCCACAGUCUCAGACCAACGGUCUCAGACCCACAGUCUCAGACCCACAGUCUCAGACCCACUGUCAGUAG